UUGCAAGACAAUAUGGUUAAUAGGAAGUUGGAAGAACAAGGGAGAGUUCUUCUAGUGCUGGCUAUCUUCUGUCCUCAGUUAAAGCCCUUCCCUCCCUCUCCCUGUAGGUCAAGCACCCCCCAUGCAACAGUCUUCUGCUGUGACUUGACUCCUUAGAGACCAUCUCCUCUAGCCUAUAAAUGACUGGUUUCCCUCUAGGUCCACCAACCCUGAUUGCAAAAUAUUCUGAUAUCCUUUGUAAAGAGGAUACAAAAUGUGUGUACAACUUUGCAUUUCAUUUGAGACUUUAGCACUCUUAUUGUUUUUAUUACCAAUUACAUUCUAUAAUUUCAUCAGCCUGACUGAGGAGAAAUUAGUUGAUCUGGAGUUUCCUGAUCAAUUUUCUCCCACUAUAAUAAUUCUUAGCAUAUUAAUUCAUUUGAAGAAAAUGUAAGUAUUUUGACUGACUACUGUGUACAAGGACCUGACCUAAAUAAUGGGGAAGAGAGAACCAAAAAUGGAAUAGCUUCUGCCCCAAAGAUGCUUCUAUUCUGCUAUGAGGACAAAACAUGUAAACAAGUAGAUAAAUUUAAAGUGCCUCUUCUGAAUAUUAUAGGAAGACAAUUCAGAGAAGCAAAGAAGAGAAAGGUAUACAUUAUAGAGAAGGAGUAUGGUUUAUGCAAAUAUUUGGGGUAGAAUAUGGAAGAUCAGCUAAGAUCAGUUUGAUUAGAAAGAAGAAUGUAAGAAAAGAAACUAUUAUGAAUAAAAGCAAGAAAGAUAGGUUUGAACAAGAUCCUAAAUAUCCCCUAAAUGCUGGUAAGAGUUUUUUUGUUUUUCUCAAGGCAAUAAGGAAUCAUUGGUUUUGAGCCAGGGAAUGACAUAGUUAAACUUGUCUUGAGGAAGAUUUUUUGAACAGCUGUGGAGGAUGACUUGGGCAAGGGAGAGACUGGAAGUAAUGAUUCCAAUUAAGAUAUAAUAAAUAGUUCAGGAAAAGGAUGAGAGCUUCAAUAAAGUUAAGAGAGACAUGAGUAAAGAGAAUAGGAUGCAAGAGAUUCUAGAGAUAGAAUCAAGACAGCCAAAUUAAUUGGGUGUUGAGUGGUGGUAAGGAUAAGGGAAGAGUUCAGAUGACUUAUGAAACUAGGUGACUAGGAGGAACUUCAAAUGAGAAGCCCUUUGAAGAAAGACAAUGUUGAGGGUGGUGAUGCUUUGAGUUCUGUUUUGAAUAUUGUUGACUUUGAUAUGCUUUGGGACUUUCUGGUGGAAACUUCUAUAAGGUAGUUGGUGAGACAGGUUCAAGAGAAGGACUUUAUAGUUUGGGGGGUCACCUGUGUAAUGAUGUUAACAGCCCUAGGACAUAGAUGAGAACACCAAGAGAGUAUAUAAAAGAAGGGAGCUCAGGACAUAACCUUCAGGGAACCCUACACAUAGAGUGAGAGCUGGAUUGCAAGCCAGCAAAAAAAAAAGCUAAGAGGAGAAUGUUGUCCAGUUGUUUCAGUCAUGUACUACUCUUUAUGACCCCAUUUGAGAUUUUAUUGGUACAGAUAUUGAUGUAGUUUGCCAUUUCUUUCUUCAACUUAUAUUACGGAUUAGGAAAAUGGGGUUAUGUGAUUUGCUCAGUGUUACACAGCUAGUAAUCAUCUGAGGCUGGAUUUGAAAUCAAGUGUUUCUGACUUCAGGUCCAGUAUCUUCCCACUCUGCCAUCUUGAUAUUCUAAGAAGAAACAGUAUCAUAAAAUCAAAUGAGCAGAAAAUACCCAGGAAAAGGAAGAUGGUGAAGUGUUAAGUGCUCCAGAGGAAAGUUUGAGGGGAAUAAAUACUGAGAAAAGACUAUUAGAUUUAUCAGUUAAGAGAUCAUUAGUGCAUUUGGAGGAAGUAAGCUCAAUAGAGAGAUGAAAUGGGAAGCCUAAUUAGAGGUUAAAAUAUGAAUGGGUGGUGAGGAAGUAGAGGCAAUAGGAGAAUCAUUCUAGCUGAGUAGUGAAAGGAAGGAAAGAUAGAGGAUAAUAUCUUGAAGGGUUUUUUAGUAGAUGAAGGAGACCUGGGAUGUUAGUAGGCAAAAAGAAAGGGGAUGGUUUCUGGAACAAGUUCAUGGAAAAGCUGGGAGGAGUUGGGAUCACUCCCAGCAUACCUACAAUGAUACUUGUUUGUCUUUGAAGGACCAGUGACAUCACAGGGUGAUGACAUAUAUAAAUUGGACUUAAGUGAGGCAUAGUUGCACAAAGUCAUCAGCCCCCUUUAUUCCAGAGUUGUCAAAGCCCAGUGGCAAGACAAAAGUCAAGAUAGUUGGUAGUGUCCUGAGAUGUAGUAAAUGACCUUGGCUACUUCUCUGACCAAGUUCUAAGCACUCCACAGCACCUGCUUUAGCCACCUUCAUGGCAAUUAGAACAAAUUGUUCUCAUCCAUCCAUACCCAGUAUUUUGGGGAGAGUCUGGCACAUACUUGGCAUAGAUACUGCUUCUCACCCCUACCCAACUCACCAAUAGGUUUGUGACUCAUCCAUUACCCUCAACCUGGUUUAGCCCAUCCAGCAAGGUGGUUAACCGGGAUGUUGUUGCUGUACUUGCUACGGCUUCUUGGAGCCACAGGAAGAAAAUAUCAGGAAAAGAAUACUCUGUCCCCUAGAUCCAAAACAGACUACUUUAUUCAAGAUAUUAAUGCAGGAUUAAAAGAUGAAACAGAAAUCCUUGAUGAAUUGGUCCCAAUUUCUUCUCUAUCUGAAGAGCAAUUGGAAAACUUAAUUAAGAAAUUGAGAAAAGCCAGCAACAGUAUGAAUUGUACACUUAAAGAACAAAUAAUGUCACAUCCUGCAUUGCAUGAUGUCUUAAAUGACCCCAAAAAUGGUGAUUCUGCUUUCAAGCACUUGAAACAACAGGCUUCAAUUUUAGGUAACAUUGAAAGAUUAAAUUUAUUGGGACCAAGAAGAUGUUUUGUUGAGUUUGGAGCUGGAAAGGGGAAAUUGUCCCAUUGGGUUGAUAUUGCCUUACAAGAAGCUGAAAAAGUCUACUUCUUCCUAGUAGAAAGGGUGACCACAAGAUUCAAGGUAGAUGGUAAACACAAAAAGAAAAACUCUGUAUUUGAAAGGCUUCAAAUUGAUAUUCAGCAUUUAUGUUUGAGCAAAAUACCUGUGCUAAUAAAAGAAAAGUUACCUGUGGUUGGAAUUGGAAAACAUCUAUGCGGUGUGGCAACAGAUCUUGCAUUGCGAUGUUUAGUUGAAACCUAUCCUGCCAAAUGCAAAGAAAUAAAUGAGGAACCUGAAGCCAAGCGUAUAAAGAAUGAUAAAACGGAUGCAGACAAUGACACUUUGGUAAACGAAGGAAGUAAAAAGAAUGAAUUAGAUCAGCGGAUCCCAGUAGCUGGCAUCGUUAUUGCACUCUGUUGUCAUCACAGGUGUGAUUGGAGGCAUUACGUGGGCAAAGAAUUUUUCAAGACCCUAGGACUUGGGCCACAAGAAUUUAACUAUUUCCAGCGAAUGAGUAGCUGGGCUACUUGUGGAAUGCGGGAAACAACUAUGGAAACAUCAGAAAUUAAUAUAAAGAAAAGAGAUGAUCAGGCCAGUGAUAAUGAAGAUGAGCAUGAAGGAUUCAGGAAAACAGAUGAUAAUCCUGAAGGUUUAUCUAGGCUUCUUACUGUUGAAGAAAGGAAAAAUAUAGGUCAUCUCUGUAAAUUGCUGAUUGACCAAGGCCGAAUCCAAUAUUUGCAACAGAAGGGAUACAAUGCUUCUUUGCAGUACUAUACAGACUCCUUUGUGUCUUUAGAAAAUGUCUUGUUAACAGCUUUACCCAAACAGUCUUCAACACCAGACUCAACUACAUAAUGAAAGAGAAAUUGUUAACCGAAGAAUUUUAUAGCCCUUCUCUGGAUAUUUUAAACAGAUAAGAUCAUUUGUGCAAAAAUUAUGGGAAAAUUGUUUCCCACAAAAAAAAAAGUAGUUUCAAAUUAUGGUUCUUUCUGUUCACACACACGAGGAAGAAAACACUUUUUAAAUAACUGGUAAUACCCAAUGUUUGUAUGUUGUAAUUCUUCAAAUUCUGGUGUUUGUUUCUAAAACUUCAGAGAAGUCCUGAAAUUUAGGUAAUUCUCCAGGUCCUCAAAAUAAUCCUCUUCCAUAGGUCAUCUUGAUUUUGUUUAUACAUCAUUAUUUAUAGAUACUGGCGAAACAGUUGGACAAGUUUCUUUAUUUUCUGAAACACAAAAGCAUUCCCACAUGUAAUCAAAAAUCUUAAUAAGUGCCUAUUUGUAUAAACUUUGGAAGAAUUUAAUUUCCUUUGGUUCUUAGCUAAUUUUUAUUGUAUAAUUUCUGGAUGCUGCUCUACAUAUGUAAUGAGCAAUGUAAUAAACAAUUAUUUUAAAGGAUUUUUUUAGAAUAAAUUUCAAUAUUGCUUAAAUACAUACAGAUUUGUUGGGGUAAACCCAAGAAAGGCAACCAGAUUAUUAUUGGAAACAAAUACCUGUAACUUACUUCAAUCAGGCUAUGAAAACAGUAUCAAUAAGAUCAUUUUUAGAAAGGUUUUUGGAAAUAUCCAUGUCAUAUCAGAAUUUAUCGAUGACCAAGACCAGAAAAGAAGCAAUGUUUACUUUAAAUACAGAUGUUGUAUUACAUUUUUGCUACAUAUUUAUGAACAAGGUUUGCAAAUAAAAUUUAUAAAUACUU